AUGUCAUUCAGUGCCACCAUCUUGUUCUCGCCUCCCAACGCCACGGAAGCAAAGUGCAGCUGUAAGCAGGAACCAGGAGCGCAGGCAGCCGCGCCCCCGCUGCCCCCCUCGUCGUGUACCCCGAUCACCGUGUCGGGAAGCGGCUUGGCGGUGCAGUCUUCAGACCAGCUGCUCCAUGUGAUCUACCAGCGCGUCGAAAAGGCCGUGAGCCUCGCCGAGGUGGCCCUGGGCCUGGCGAAGGCCAACAACGAAGCCCUGAGGCGGCUGGAAGAAGAAAUGGGAGCACUGCGCCGGGGAGCACCCCCUGCUCUCAAGGCCAGCCCCUUGUGCAUCCCGGAGGAGGGCCAGCAGGACGAUGUAGAGGAAGAGGAGGGAGAGCAAGAAGCCGAGGGCUUCAGGAACGGUGUCCAGGUGGUCAUUGAAGAGCUGAGGCAGCUGGGCGCGGCGGCCGGGCCCCCUGGGCACCUGGGUUUCUCGCCCGUGCAGCUGGGAACCGGAGGGCUUGGUGGGGCAGCGGAAGCGCCUCCCGCAGGAGAUGUCUCCAUGCAGCAUGGCCGUGCCACCGCCUCUUCCCCUGCCCCUCAGAUGCUUCAUCAGCCGCCCCUGCCGGCCCUCGAGGACCCUCUGUCCUGCCCAGAGGUUUCCCCAAACAGCGCCACCCUGGAGGACCCCCUGCACGGCGAGCAGCGCUUGUCCCUGGGCUUUGCCAGUCUUCAUUGCAGAAGCCAAAGCAUCGGGCAGAAGAAUGCGAGGCGCAAGAGGGACCUGGUACUGUCCAAACUGGUCCACAAUGUCCACAACCACAUCACCAAUGAUAAAAGGUUUGAUGGUUCCGAGAGCAUUAAAUCUUCAUGGAAUAUUUCUGUGGUGAAAUUCUUGCUAGAAAAACUGAAGCAAGAAUUGAUGUCUAAUCACCAUAAUUACACUGACAAAGAGCUAAAAGGUGCCUGCGUGGCUUACUUCCUGACCAAGCGCCGGGAGUAUCGCAACUCUCUCAACCCCUUCAAAGGACUCAAGGAGAAGGAGGAGAAAAAGCUGCGGAGCAGACGCUAUCGGCUCUUUGCAAACCGUCUGGGGGUCGCCCGAUUGCUGGGCCCAGAGGAGCAGCGUGUGUGGCAAGGUGUGACAGAGGAGUUCAUGUCGGAUGAGGAGGACAGCCUGAGCGAGCCGGGGGUGUGGGUGGCCCGUCCCCCACGCUUCCGUGCCGCUCCCCUUACUCAGCUCUGCUAUCGGCUGGAUGCCAAUUCCAAGCAUGGUACCAAAGCCAACCGGGUCUAUGGGCCACCCUCUGAUCGCCUGCCCUCCGCAGAAGCCCAGCUCCUGCCCCAGCACCUGUAUAAUCCUCAUUUCCAAGAGGAAGAAGGCCGGGCUGCCGCUUCUCCGCACCCUCCCAGCCACAAAGGGUUUUGUCCUGACCUCAGCUCCUUUGUCGAGAUCAAAGUGGAAAAGGAUGAGUGA